GUGAGUUUCGGAAACUUGAAAACAUUUAUUAGAAGGAGCCUGAGAAUAUCAGGAUGGUUUAGAUUUUAUAAAAAUGGCAUAGUCGGAGAGCAUAGAAAUAUGCUGAACUAUAUUUUUACUCUAAACCUUAUUUUAGCCUGGGUUGGGAAUAGUGGAGCAGAGGUUGUUGUCAGCUAUGGGUCAACCUGUGGUGUUAUUGCAUAUCAGGAGAGUAAAGAAUGUGAAAAAUCUUUGGAAUUACCCAAGGAAAAAGAAAAGAAAAGCCAAACAAGAAUUGUGGGAGGAUGCCCUUCUCCAUUAAUUCCCUGGUUUGCACAAAUCCUAAUAUCUAAUGAUACAUUGAAUGUACGCAGAUGUGGAGGUGCUUAUAUUAACAAGUUCUGGGUGUUAACUGCUGGCCAUUGUUCUUGCAAUUCAAAAUUAAAAUGCACAAAGGACACAAAACUAGGACGCCUGGUCCCAGCAUAUAGUCUAACUAUUAUUAAGGUGUUAAGACCUCAGGCUCAAGAAGACACUAUUCAAUCCUUCUCAUCUGCCAGAGACUUCAGAGUUGUAGAGGUGUUUGUGCAUCCUAAGUUUGAAGAAACAGAAGGUGUAAGAACCCAUGACUUUGCAUUAUGGAGACUGGACUACCCUAUUGCUGAUAAUGCAUAUGGUAUCGGAUUUUCAGAUACCUACAAUCCAGGAGUAAUAAUGCCCAUUUGUCUUCCAUCCAACGCAGAAUUUCAAGAUAUUGAAAAGAGUGUAACCGUAGUUGGUGCAGGUUAUGAAAGGAGUAAUUGUUUCACAACAUCACAAGGACCAGAAACUUUUGAACAAUGUGCUCAAUCUUGGAAGCUUCCGGGAUCAGAUGACAUUGUAAAGUUAAAUCCAAGAGGGGGUGUUCUAGCCAAAGAACAGUGUACAAAAACUCAGCUUCAGCCCAUGAGCUACAAUGCAAUAUGCAAAAACUUCAGAGAUCAGCUAGACAACAUGGGGAAAAAACCAGCUUCACAACAAACUCCGGAAGAACAGGAACUAAAAAAUACCCUAGGAGAUAACCCGGAGGAGGUAGUUCUAGUAGCUCAGGAUGAGCUCAAGAAUAAAACUUCUGGUUUCAAAAAAGUGCAUUGCUUUCUGACUGGUAUGCUUGGAGGUGGAUGGUGUGGUGUGUGUAAGAACACAGCUAAACCAGGUGAGGGUGGAUACUGUAAGGAUGGAGUAGCUGAACCUCUGGAUGACCAAGGAUGGGGGUUCUGUCCACCAGUUUGUGGAACGGUAAAAGAAGCUGCAGUGAAACUAUCUAUGGCUCAUCUUUACACCUUGAACCUGACAAUCUGUAAAGAACUGCUAACACUUAAUGCUACAGAACAAAAUGAGGCUGUCUACAUAGACACUGAUGUCGAGCUUUGUGCAGGACAUUUGUCAGCUGUUAAUUCAUCUGUUGUCAGCUACACACUUAAAGACAACAAAUAUGUUUUUAAACUUGAGAAGAUGGAUCAUGAAGAGUUAAGAUCAUCCCGAACAAAUACAUCUCGGUUUAAAUACAACAACAUGCUGCUGGGUGGAGUAGAUUCAUGCAAUGGCGAUAGUGGAGGUCCUCUCUGGGUAACUGAGAGUGUAUAUCUGAAUGGAAAGAAAGAAAACAGAGCCUAUCUGGUUGGUAUUGUUAGCAGGGGCAGGGACUGUGCUAAUAAGGAUCUGCCAGGUAUCUAUGGGAGAGUAAAGACAGUUCUUGAUUGGAUUAAAGAGACUGCUUCUGCUCCUCAAAAUUAUUCAAAGAAAUCAGAUUUUAUUAAUAACAUUCAAUUGGAGAUUGGAGAAACGAGAUUAAUAACUCCGUUCUGGGAGGAACCACCAGAUAGAUCAGGAAAUAUCAAGAAAAAGAGAAGCAAAAAGAAGAAGAAAAAGAAAUCCAAGAAAAAGAAGAAGAAGAAAAAGAAAAGCAAGAAAAAGAAGAAAUCCAAAAAACAUCAUAAUUCAACAUAAAAUGGGGAUUUUAAGUUGGUUAAAAUAAACAUAUAUUUUUAUAAAGAGAGAUUAUAGUUCUAUAAAAAUAAAAUGCAUUUAGUAUGA